AGUGUUCACCUAUUGGGACAGAAAUGGCCUCAACUGAGAGCAACACGCAGACAUACAAGAUGACGUCUUUGGACAGCGACAUCAACCAACACUUCCAGGAUGCAAUUGAUGUGAUUCAACACCAUUCAAAUAAUUCAUAUUAUGAUUCAGAGUGCACAUAUUAUGAGACUUUGGGUACCCAGCCAUCGCUGCAGUGUCAGAUCUCCUGCUGCCUCGUCACACACCCGUCUGAUGUAACAGCUCCAGUUUAUGAGUGGAAUGACAUGGCUCAGCAGUCUUGGCCUCAAGUCAUGCCUGAUGUCUCCUUGGGUCACUCUGUGCCAAAUGAAUCGCCUCAUUUCUACUCAGUCUUGCCACCACAGAGGAACACUAAAAGCCGCAAGAAGCUCAGGCUUUAUGAAUACCUCCACGAGGCUCUGAAUGACCCCAACAUGGGCGACUCCAUCCAGUGGACGGACAACGGCAGUGGCACCUUCCAUUUCAUCUCCAAGAACAAGGAGAAGCUGGCCGAGUGCUGGGGCCAACGCAAGGGCAACCGCAAGACCAUGACCUAUCAGAAGAUGGCGAGGGCUCUGAGAAACUACAGUCGCACCGGUGAGAUCAUCAAAGUGAGACGCAAACUCACCUACCAGUUCAACCCAGACAUCCUGCACAGGCUGGGCUCUGCACAGGUGUCCAUGCACCUGCCCUGCCGCCCCGCGCAGGAGGAGGCCCACGCCCGGCAGCAGAGCCCGGCUGAGCAGAGUUACUGCGGCUCUGCGGCGGUGGCGGCGGACUGGCACAGCUGGUACGGACACUACCAGCUGCAGGAGGACUACGACCUGGCCUCCAGCUUCACCUCACACAGCACAACCAAACUGUGAGCUGGAGGACGGGUCGAUCACAUUUAAAAGUUUGAAAAGGUUUUCAAGGACUUCAAUUGUUCUUCUCUCUGGGUUCACAUUAAGUCUACAAGUUAUAGUGGGACCAUCACAAUUAAAGGUGUUUAAAUACCCUUUAUUUUAUCA